GAGCUCCGCGCAAAAUCGCAACGAUUCAAAGUCCAAAGUCUUGUUUGUUUCUGUUUAUCAUAUCUUAAUUUUAGGUCAAACUACAAUGUGUUCAGAUAUCUGAUUAUUUUAGUGCGCUGCCGACAAGUAAUCUUUUAGAGUUGUAAAUUUAGUGAUGAGUUUUCUUAUUGGGUGGUAGAGUUAGCCAGCUGCUAUUAAGACGUUCCAUUCAUAUAUCGCCGAAAUUAACUCAAGCAAUGGGUGUCGACGGGAAUACUAUUUUAGCUGAGAGUUUGAAGAAGCAGGGUGUCGAGUAUGUGUUUGGCAUUGUGGGUAUCCCUGUGAUUGAGACUGCUCUGGCCUUCCAAAUGGCUGGCCUGAAGUAUGUAGGCAUGCGUAAUGAACAAGCUGCUUGCUAUGCUGCCCAAGCGGUUGGCUACCUUACAGGUAAACCUGGAGUAUGCCUUGCUGUAUCAGGACCUGGUCUGCUACACUGUAUUGGAGGCAUGGCCAAUGCUCAAGUGAACUGCUGGCCGCUUGUAGUGAUAGCUGGCUCUUGCCCACAAGACCAUGAAGGUAUUGGAGGCUUCCAGGAAUGGCCUCAGGUGGAAUCCAGUCGCCUAUACUGUAAAUACGCAGCUCGGCCGCCGUCCCCGCGCCUCAUACCGCUGCACGUUGAGAAGGCGGUGCGUCUCGCCGCGGCUGGUCGACCUGGAGUCUCCUAUCUCGAUAUGCCCGGAACACUUCUUAUGGCCGAAGCUGACGAAGAUAAAGUACCAAUGGAUUUCUACAACGCCGAGCCAGUCUCGCUAGCUCAUCCGAACCCGGCUUUAGUGACUCAAGCUGCGGAACUGUUGUCGAAGGCCGAGCGACCCCUCGUUAUAGUGGGCAAAGGCGCCGCCCAUGCGAGGGCUGAGGAAGCUAUUACUAAACUCGUGGAAAACACUAAGCUACCUUUCCUGCCAACGCCUAUGGGCAAAGGCGUGGUACCCGACGAGUCAGAAUACUGCGUGUCGACAGCUCGUACACAAGCGUUACUCAAGGCCGAUGUCAUCCUACUGCUGGGCGCGAGGCUCAACUGGAUGCUCCACUUCGGACAACAACCCCGGUUCGCGCCUGAUGUUAAAGUUAUACAGGUGGAUAUUACUCCUGAGGAAUUCCACAACAGCAUCAAGUCUGAAGUGGCCGUCCACUCAGAUAUCAAGCCGUUCACCGAGGCACUUAUUCAGAAGCUCGGGGAGAAGAAAUUCAACCUGCAACCCAGCAGCAAUAGCUGGUGGCAAGCGUUGAAGCAAAAACAGAAGACUAACACUGAAUUUGUGAAGGCUCAAGCCAGCAACACGACACAGCCUCUAAACUACUUCGCAGUCUUCAAGACGGUUCAAGACAAUAUACCCAAGGACUCGAUCAUAGUUAGCGAAGGCGCCAACACUAUGGACAUCGGCCGCGGUCUCCUACUCAACAAUAAGCCACGACACAGGCUCGAUGCUGGCACUUUCGGCACUAUGGGUGUGGGACCCGGCUUCGCGAUCGCAGCAGCGAUGUGGUGCCGCGACUACGCGCCAGGCAAGCGAGUCAUUUGCGUCGAAGGAGACUCAGCCUUCGGUUUCUCCGGUAUGGAGAUUGAGACGAUGUUCCGUUACAAACUGCCGGUGAUUAUCGUCAUCGUAAACAACAACGGUAUCUACAGUGGCUUCCCUAAGGAUGUUAUGGCAGAUAUUCAGUCUGGUGGCGAUAUCGCUCAAUGCACUCCACCCACUGCUCUCAGCUGCGAAGUAAGAUAUGAGAAGAUGAUGGAAAUCUUUGGCGAGACUGGACACCUCUGCCGCACUGUUGAGGAGAUUGAGGCUGCCAUCAAGAAAGCAGUUGCAGUCACAGACAAACCCAGUAUCAUCAAUAUUCUUAUCGACCCACAAUCCAACAGGAAGCCACAGACAUUCAACUGGCUAACUGAAUCUAAACUGUGAUAUGGUUGUUUUAUAUUUUUAUAACUUUUGUACUGAAAGUAACAGGGUGGUGGGGCCAAAGAACUUAAACUGGCUUUGAAGAAGCACAUUCUUAUUGCAUUUCUUGUCACAUUAAUUUAAGCCUAAAAGGCAUAUAAAUAUUAUGUAAGAUUAUUUUUUCUGUACGCAUAGGUAUGUGAAAUAAUACAAACAUGGACUUUGAUAUUGUCUGUAAUUGAGUCAUACUUAUUUAUGGUCACAUUGUUGUAAUUUGUAUAUAAUGAACUUAAAAAUAUAUAUAAAUUUACAUUAUAAACUAAA